AUGAGGACAACACAACAUGAGGACAACACAACAUCAGGACAACACAACAUCAGGACAACACAACAUCAGGACAACACAACAUCAGGACAACACAACAUCAGGACAACACAACAUCAGGACAACACAACAUCAGGACAACACAACAUCAGGACAACACAACAUCAGGACAACACAACAUCAGGACAACACAACAUCAGGACAACACAACAUCAGGACAACACAACAUCAGGACAACACAACAUCAGGACAACACAACAUCAGGACAACACAACAUCAGGACAACACAACAUCAGGACAACACAACAUCAGGACAACACAACAUCAGGACAACACAACAUCAGGACAACACAACAUCAGGACAACACAACAUCAGGACAACACAACAUCAGGACAACACAACAUCAGGACAACACAACAUCAGGACAACACAACAUCAGGACAACACAACAUCAGGACAACACAACAUCAGGACAACACAACAUCAGGACAACACAACAUGAGGACAACACAACAUGA